AUGCAAUCUAAUUUCAAGAAAUCACACUCAGAAGCAAAUGUGAUGAAACCCAAGAAAGCAAACCGGGGCUCCUCUAACGAUUCAACGCAGCUUUUGAUCUCAAAUUCCAAAAACUCUCAAAGUGCUGGAAAUAUACCGAUAUAUUACCUUAACUACGAUUUUCAAAACGGAAUUGUCGUUAGAAUGCCUGUUAUAUAUGAAUAUCAUCUAGUGCUACCCCCUGGAAUAGAUAGAGCUAUUCCACUGCCAAACAAUAAAGGAUUUCUUGUGCCUUUUUCUAUUUUUGUCCAGUCUUCUGGGCGUUUCGUCUACAACCCUGCUAUACUUCGUCGCCACCCCUCAUUACUUUCUCACAUUCGUUUGGCCAGGCAACGUGGAAUUACACUUGAACCUAUUCCACUCAAACGAGACACAAACACUAUUCAAGAACUUUCUUCUUUCCUAAAUACACGUUCCCAUCGCUUCGAUGAUAUAAUAUUUGAAAAUAAUAUGGCAGCUGACCAGUUGCACAGUGUGUUUCCAUUAGAAGGACAAGAUCCAGCCCCUCAAUUACAUUUCCUUGGAAGUGGUCAUGGCACCAUUCAAAGUAACGCUCAAAAUAUAGUAAACGAAAAAUUCCAUUCUUUUGGAAAGAUUCAUAAUCAAAACCGUCUUCAAACAGUAGAAAAAGGAUUUAUACUUCCAAAUAAGAUUGGACAUAUCAAUUUGCAGAAUCCCAAAUCUAUAACUUUAAAUUCUUCUAGCAUUCCCCGUCUUGACCAGGGGAAAAUAAAUCUUCAGCUCCAGAAUGUUCGAGUCAUUUCAAACAGAGAUUUUCUACACAAAAAAAGUAACAUAAAAAAAACCUUCCACCCAAACUGGAUUCCAGAUCUGGAUUUAUUUAGAAUGAUAACUAAUGGUCAACCUUUUCUGGAAAAUCAAUUAUCAUUUUCCAAGUUGAAAAGUAAUUUCCAUAAAACAGGUAAAAGCAGCAAUGUGGAUCUCCACAAUGUACUUUCAACCAUUCCAUUAGAUUCCAAGUUUGAUCUGAAAACUAACAAUCUUGACCGUCCACUGCCAGACAUUCCUGGUCCGUUAUCUUUAAGAAAAGCAGCAAACAGUCAGAAUCCACUUUUACAGUUUGCAGGACUCCGAAAAGGCCCAGUUAUCUUUCCAUCAACUAGAGCCUCGUCUGAAGGUAUAACCAAUACAUUAAAUGGAUCCUUACAAUUUCAUAGGAAUGGUAUGGUUCAAUAUCCAGAAAAUUCAGUUGCCAUUCCAUCUGGUGGCUUUGUCUUCAACGUAACUAAAUCAAUAAACGGUUCACCUACAGUUAAAAACAAUCAAAGAUUUCUCGAUCCUGAAUUGCCAAAUAUCAUUAUUCCAAAUGAUCCUCCACUCGAUCAGCAACAAAAAGUUACCUUAAAUCUUAAAGAAAUGUCCGUUAGAAAGCUAAUUCCUCAAGAAAUGGCUGUAGCCAAGUUGAAUCAAAAGCAACUUAAUACAUCAGAAGGAAAAGUUGGACUGAGCACAUCAACAAUUCUUGUAAACCCAGUUAAACUUUCCAGUUCAGAUACAUCAAAAACACUGAGUAAUGUGGUGGAUAGAGUUGGUGCAAAUGUGGAAUCAAUUGGCGUCAUUCGUCCAAGUACCUCACAAGUCCACACUUCUAUAGGACAUAUCGGAUCAAGGACAUCAAAAAGCCCAGAAAUAUCAUUUGGGAAUAUUGGUUCAGAACACCAGUUUCAGGCAACGAUUUAA